AUGAUCCAGUACAGCUGCGGCAGUUGUGAGGAAAGUGCCCAUUUGUUCUCGUUAUAUCUCUAUGAGACUGGGACUUGGUGUGAAACCACUGAUUCGGAGAGGCAUUUCACACUGAGCAGUGUCCACCAGAUGCUGGCUUCGAAAUCGUUCCUCGCAUCAGCUGUCGCAUUAGCAUCGCGACAGCGUGAUGCCGUCCAGGACCAGCCAAGGUCACUGACACUCGAGCUUUACCAAUAUACGAUUCAGCUCUUACUCCGUCAAGAUCCGGAUGAAGCAAGCGCAACCGUGUUGGCGACUUGCACUCUUCUUUGCGUCUACGAGAUGAUGGCGUCAUGUGUGUGGGAGUGGCGGCGUCACCUGAAGGGCUGCGCCAGUCUCUUGCAUUCUCGAAAAUGGAACGGUUCAUGUAGCGGCAUUGUAAAGUCCUGCUUUUGGGCCUUCGCUCGAAUCGAUGUCUGGGCUGCCUUCAUUAGUGGCAAGCGGCUUCUCAUCCCUACUGACUCGUGGGUCGAUAAUAGCUCCAUCCCGCUGGUAGCCGCCAAUGGCACGCUUGACGAUUAUUGCAACUUGGCAAUUCUCAUCUUUGCUCGGAUCGUGAAUCUCCUAGCGGACGCCCAGCUUUGCCAUAUGGACAGUAAUCUUGUAUACUAUUCUUCCGUUGGAAAGCUCUGGGACGAACUUCAAGAGUGGUGGCGCCUGCGCCCCAAAGAAGUUUGUCCCCUACUUAGGGAAACGACAGUAUGCGGUAAUACGUUUUAUCACGCUGGCUCUAUUCUGCUCCUUCAAUCUGGCUGCCUCAGGAGAAGAGUCGACGCGCCAGUCUCUGUAAUGUUACAACCUCUCUAUAUUGCUGGCACGGCGUUGUCGGAAAAUCACGUGAGCUCUUUCCAAGAUACAACCGGACGUAACCAGUCCACGUGGGUUGGCUCUCACCUAGAGGCCCCUUGGGGCCGCCCGGUUCCUCCAGUGGCCGCGGAUAUAUCCGAAAAGUAUGCCUCUGAGAAGAUCGCGCUUCUAAAGCAAUUGGCAAGAAUCGAGUGUGAGACAGGCUGGAAAACCUCAGACCGGGCCUCGGAGUUGCGGAACCUCUGGGGAUUCCGGUAG